CGGCAGCAGCUCGGUGCGUCUCAGUCGGACGUCGGCAUUGUCGCGUCACGGUGGGCCCCAUUGUCAUGGCUGCGGGUGGUGGUGCUGGGGUCUCAGCGAGGAGUGAGGGCCUCAAGUACUCGCCUCCCUCGAGCAAACAGCCCGACGCGGAGAUUGACCAGGGACUGGCAAGAAGCCUGAUAGCUGUAGGACUGGGUGUUGCAGCUUUUGCAUUUGCAGGUCGCUAUGUAUUUCAGAUCUGGAAACCUCUACAACAAGUAAUCACAGAAACUGCAAAGAAGAUUUCAACUCCUAGCCUUUCUUCCUAUUAUAAAGGAGGAUUUGAACAGAAAAUGAGUAGGCGAGAAGCUAGUCUUAUUUUGGGUGUAAGCCCAUCUGCUACUAAGGCCAAGAUUAGGACUGCUCACAGAAGAAUUAUGAUUUUGAAUCACCCAGAUAAAGGUGGCUCUCCAUACUUAGCAACCAAAAUAAAUGAAGCAAAAGACUUGCUAGAAGAAACCUCCAAACAUUGAUUGAUGCUCAAGGACUGCUCUGAAGGGAAAAAGCAGGGGGGGUGGUUAAAAACAAAGUCUAGCAAAUUUAAUCAAAACCACCAGUGUCAUAAUUUUCAUACAUGUGCUAAUGAUAAAUAAUUUAUUCUCUCUUAAGUGGUAUAAUAAAAGAUUAACAAUCUCUCUGCUUAUUAUCUUUUAAAGGAAUACUUUACAUUUUUAUAACAGAUUUUUUUUAUUUUCUUACUUUCUCUAUGAUAGUCAUACCUUUUAAUAUUUCUGUUCUGUUAGUUUUAAACCCUCCAUACCCUCUUCCCCCACACAAAAGUAUCCCAAAAGUAUCAUCAUCAGUAAUGUCAUUGGUGUUUGUGAGCAAUGAGUAGAAACAUUUUCACUGCUUGUACAGGGGCGGGCAUUUCAGUUGCAUUGUGACAUUCUUUUGCGUUAAUAAAGCUGUUGUAGUCAAUAAGAA